AUAACAGCAAAAAUGUAGUAUAAAAUUCUAGAAAAAAUAUAGAAAUUUUUUAUAUUUUUUAUAUUCUUACAUAUAUCAGAAAUGUGUCAGAAAAAAAAUUAAUGAUUCAACACAAUUCAACAUGGCAGAUGUACCGAGUGAAGCUCCUGAACACUGUCCUGGGACCCAAAGUGAAAGUGCUGGCAAAGCAUCAGCCUGUGCAGGAUGUCCCAAUCAGUCACUAUGCUCGUCCGGAGCCACCAAGCAGCCAGAUCCUUACAUUGCGCUUGUGAAAGAGAAACUAUCCUCAGUGCGGAAUAAGCUGCUAGUGUUAUCAGGCAAGGGAGGAGUAGGCAAGAGUACCAUAACGUCGUUACUAUCCAGGUGUCUUGCAGGAAAUAAUCCUGACAGAAAUGUAGGAGUACUGGAUAUUGACAUUUGUGGACCGUCACAGCCAAGAGUACUAGGAGCACUUGGUGAACAAGUUCAUCAAAGUGGAUCAGGAUGGUCCCCUGUAUAUAUUGAGGAUAACUUGUCACUGAUGUCAAUUGGAUUUUUGCUCAGUAGUCCAAGUGAUGCAGUUAUAUGGAGAGGACCAAAAAAGAAUGGUAUGAUCGCACAGUUUCUGUCAGAAGUCGACUGGGGUAGCUUAGAUUAUCUCAUUCUGGAUACACCACCCGGCACGUCAGACGAACAUCUGUCAGCUACGUCGUAUCUCAAGAGUGCCGGCAUAACGGGUGCCAUAAUUGUCACGACACCGCCACAAGUCGCGCUUUUAGAUGUCAGAAAGGAGAUAGACUUCUGCAGAAAAGUGAACAUUCCGAUCUUGGGUGUAAUUGAGAAUAUGAGUAUCUUUGUAUGUCCUAAAUGCAAGAAUACCGCAGAAAUAUUCCCUCCUUCGACAGGCGGCGCACGGGCGAUGUCAAACGAACUAAAUGUAGAAUUCUUAGGUUCGAUACCUUUAGAUCCAUUGCUGGCUAGAUGUUGCGACGAGGGUAAAAAUUUUCUAACAGAAAUGCCAGAUUCGCCAACCGUUACUGCUUUAAAUGAGAUUUGCAAGAGUAUUGUUCGAAAAUGCGAAGAAGAAAAAGAGAAUUAUCCUGAUAAUUCCCAUUAAUAACGCAAAAUAUUUUGUAUAAAUCUCUUGUAAAAUUUAUAUGUAAAUUAUGUUUUGCUGAUUAAAUCUAGAAUAAAAAUUUAUUUUGUUCAAAUGCAA